AUGGCGAGCGGCAAGGCCGGUAAGAACAAGAGCGCCAAGGGGAAGGUGGAGGCCGCGCAGCGGCAGGAGCGCCCACUCCAGCGGGGCGGCAGCCAAAAGGCGGCGGAGCCGGCGAAGGAGGCGGCGGCGGCGCCGCACCCUUUUCUCGGCCGUGAGCUGCGCGUGGAGCUGGCGGACCGUCGCGUUAUCGUCGGGACGCUCAUCGCCUACAUGGGACUUGGAGACCUGCUGCUGCAGAACGCCGUGGAGCAGCGCCGCUACGCCGACGGGGAGAUGAGUUGGCGGUCACUCAGUCUGCUGGCGGUUCCGUGGAGGCACGUCACGGCGCUGCACCGGCGGCUGCCGGGCUGCGAGCCGAUCGCCUACGCGGAGGCCUGA